UUUACCCAACAAGAGGACCUUCAAAUAAAUACGGUACCAAACCCACGAGUGGCUGUAUGAAAAAUACUGGGAGGAAGGGUAGGCGGCCUUAUCUACUUCCAAAGCUGAAAUUGAGAACUCAGAAGAUAUACAGAGAAAGAUGUUGAGCUCCAUAUCCAUAGUCUCACCUUCAACACUCACAUUCUCUCCAAAGCUUCUCUCUCCAAUCCCUAAGUCCUCCUUCUUCAAUGCACUCCGAAUUCAACCCAUUUCCCUUUCCCCCAUUUCUUCAAAGGCUUCUUCUUCUUCUUCUUCUGUAGUCAUGAUGGCCAAGCGAGAUGAAGAACUUAAAGAAAUCAGAGCCAAAACCACCGAACAAAUUAAUGACGAGAUUAUUGACCUCAAGGGUGAUCUUCUCAUGCUUCGUCUACAGAAAUCGGCUCGUAAUGAGUUCAAGGCCAGCGAGUUCCGUCGCAUGCGCAAAAAGAUUGCUCGAAUGCUUACUGUAAGAAGGGAAAGAGAACUAGAGGAGGGAAUAAAUAAGAGAUUGUCCCGAAAGCUAGACCGGCAAUGGAAGAAAAGCAUUGUUGUAAGGCCAGCUCCAUCGUUGAAGAAGUUUCGAGAGGAAGAAGCAGCUGAAAAAGCCGCUGCUGAAUCUUCUUAGACCAUAUCUUUCCAGCAAUUACAAUGUAGAAUAUGAAUGAGUAAAAAGACCAUAAUCACAUGGUAGAUUCAUGAUUUGUAUUGUUCAAAUUCCUGUUUUGGACCAGUUUUGUAUAAAACGUUCUGUUCGUUGGUAGCUUCAAUUGUUGUUUUUUUUUUCACCCAAUUCCAGUUUUAUAGUUUCCUUUGCAUUUUCUAUGUAAACACACUAAAAUGUUACAUGGAAAUACGAAAUCCUUGAAAAUUAAGGGAA